CGCUGCACGAAGAGGAAACUUCGAGGAAAGAUGCACGAAGAGGAGGAUGGCAGUGACACAAACUCCUGCACAGCGUCCCGGGUUGUGGCCUCCAGGUCGGUGGACGUGGCCGACACCGAGGGCGCGAAGGAGCAGGCCUCCAAGCUUUGCGGCUACUUAAACAAACUGUCCGGCAAAGGGCCUCUGAGGGGGUACAAGACACGGUGGUUUGUGUAUGACCCAAGGAAAUGUUAUUUGUAUUACUUCAAGACUCCCCAAGAUGCCUUGCCACUGGGUCACAUCGAAAUAGGCGAUGCGUGCUUCAGCUACGAUGUGGAAGGAGAAGAGGGUCAGUUUGAGAUCCGCACUGCCGGGAAAGAGUUCCUCCUGAAGGCCCCCAGCAGGCAGGUGAUGCAUUUCUGGCUCCAGCAGUUGCAGCAGAAACGAUGGGAGUACAGCAACACACGAGGCUCCGGACAGAGAGACAGCUGGAGCUCCCCGACCCUGGCUUACCCUCAUGCUGGCCUCGUAGGCAAAGACAAUGAUUCCUUUGUCUUUGAAAAGCUCAGUGAUAGCAUGGAGAAGGUACGCAGCGACUUUGCCAUGGAGACAGACACAGAUGGUGGAGGAAUGGUGGGGAUCCAGUCAGCUAGAGGGCCUUCUGGUGCAUCCACAAACCCUCUCAACUUCUCCCUCAAAAACAUUGGUACAGAACUCAGGAACUCCAUGUCUUAUCUGCGACAAGGCCGCGGAGCUGAGGGCAGGCGCAGUGUGUUUUACACCGGCAACAGCAGUGCAGAGGAGUGGGAGCUGGUGGAUGCCCCGCCCAAGGACUUCCCCGAACAGAAACAUCAUCCAGACACUCACAGAAAUUCCUUUGGAUCAUCAUUUACUUUUGACUUUGUGCGCAAUCCAUCGCGGCCUAAGAGGCCUUUGCUUCGAGACAUGAUCGGCACUGGGAGGUUUGGGCGCACCGCUGAGACACGCAGCACCGAGAGCUCGCCAGUCGAGUGCAAUGGCAGCAAACCUCUAGAGAUGCAGCUUCGCCUUCAGACCCAGCAGGAAGAACUGAACCGCAUGCAGCAGGAACAGACCAAACUCAGAGAGGAGCUAGCCAGCCAGAAGGAGCUGGUGAGACUUCUGCAGCAGACUUUAAGAACCUCCCAGUGUGACAGGCAGCCGGUGCGCCGUCCAGCUCCAGAUUCAUCUGCAGACUCAGACCAUACCCAGGCUCCUGUAGUAACCCAAGAAGAGGUCACUCAGUUGGAAGCACAUCUGCUUGACAAAGAUGAACAAAUCCAGUCCCUCUGUGGCCACAUGGAGCGUCUCGCCUUGGAGAAGGAGAGCUUGCAACAAGAGCUAAAGGGGCUGAAAAUUAAGGUGGGGGAAAUUAACGACCAGCUGGGCAUGUUGAUGGAGACCAUCCAGGCCAAAGAUGAAGUCAUCAUAAAGCUUUCGCAGGACGCCAAUCAAAGCAGCAACCCAAAUGACUCUGGUUCACCACCUGCCAUCAAAGAGCAGCAGGAACUGGACAUCCUCAAGGACAGUCUUCAAGGUUACAAAUCUCAAAACAGAUUCCUGAACAAAGAGAUCCUGGAGCUGACAGUGUUACGCAGAAAUGCAGAGAGUAGAGAAAAGGCUUUGGAAGCAAAGUAUACGGCCCUGGAGGCCAAGUUGUGUCAAGUGGAGAGCAAGUACCUGGUGCUCCUUCAAGAGGUGAAGAGCCCAGUGUGUUCCUCCUCAGUGCAGAACCCUGCCAGUGAACUCAUUUCCAGAUUAUUGGAGGAUGCACUGCAGGCAGAGAGCCCUGAACAGCAAGAACACCUUAUCUUCAAACCCAACACUGUCAGUGAGUAUGACGUGUUUGGCUUCAAGACUGUUCCUGAGGAGGAGGAAGAGGAAGAGAAGCUUAUUGCCAAGGUAAGAGCCUUGGAGCUGAAGUCUCUAUCCAUGACAGAUCAGGAGGUGUCUGUUGGAGUCAAGUGGGAGAACUUUCUGGCCAGCACUAUGAACAGAGACCUGGUACGCUCCCCUGAACUCAAAGCCCUGAUGCGCUGCGGUGUUCCCCACGAGCAUCGCUCCCAGGUGUGGCGCUGGUGUGUCGCCAUCCAUGUCAAGAAGUUCCGAGACAACUUGCCGCCCGAUUAUUAUGAGACCUUACUAAACGUGGCCCGGGAUAAGCUCAACCCGGCCUCGAAGCAGAUCGAGCUGGACUUGCUGCGUACUUUGCCCAACAACAAGCACUAUUCCUCCCCCAGUGCAGAUGGCAUCCAGAAACUCAGGAACGUCCUCAUGGCUUUUUCCUGGAGGAAUCCAGACAUCGGCUACUGCCAGGGACUCAACAGGUUGGUAGCGAUUGCCUUGCUUUACCUAGAUCAAGAGGACGCAUUUUGGAGCCUCAUUGCCAUUGUGGAGGUUUUCAUGCCAAGGGACUAUUACACCAAGACACUGCUUGGCUCUCAGGUUGACCAGCGCGUGUUCAAGGACCUGAUGAGCGAGAAGCUACCACGGCUCCAUGCCCACUUUGAGCAGUACAAGGUAGACUUCUCCCUCAUCACCUUCAACUGGUUCCUGGUGGUGUUUGUGGACAGCGUGGUGAGCGACAUCCUCUUUAAGAUCUGGGAUGCCUUUCUGUACGAAGGUCCGAAGAUCAUAUUUCGCUUCGCUCUGGCUCUCUUCAAGUACAAAGAGGAGGAGUUUUUGAAGCUGCAGGACUCCACAGCCAUCUUCAAGUAUCUUCGUUGCUUCACACGCACAAUCCUGGAUUCAAGGAAGCUGAUGAACAUGGCUUUUGUGGACAUGAACCCCUUCCCCAUGAGGCAAAUCCAGAACCGCCGCUCCUUCCACCUGGAGAAAGUCCGUCUCGAGCUGACUGAGCUGGAGGCAAUCAGACAGACCUUCCUCAGGGAGAGGGAGACAUCUCAGGAUGGACGGACCUUCGUCAGCGAUGAUGAGGAGGACAACUGAGCUUAAGCUUGUCACAUUUUCAGGCCACGCCAUUUAAGUAUGAAAACAAAGAAAGGUCGACUCUGCAGACCAGGGAUGCAUUGCAGUUGUUAAAGGGAGUUCUUUGUAAAGAAUCGCUGGAGUUGGUCUCCGUGUCCGAGCUGGACCACUCAACUUUCUACACAUUCUGAGCUAAAUAGCAUCAAAGGACAAAAUAUGACCAGCCAAAUGGGCUUCCUAUCAGUAUUCCUGCCUUUUAUUAUUUGUAAAUGCCUUAUUUGCUGUAUGCUUGUUUUAUGUGAUGACCAACAGUACGCUCGCCCAUAGGCUCUUCAACCUCCAAUAGCAAGUUUAACACUUGCAGUCCAAAUCAGUAUUUUUUAAAACAUGGCUGUGAUCUUUUGAGGAUUGGCAACUUUAUGCCUGUUGAAGGAUUGAUUGUACUUUUUUUUACACCCAUCUCCAUUAGGAUGCAGAGUUUUCACUUUCCUUGCCCCAAGCUGUGGCUUCAUCUACGUCUUAAAAGAAAAUAUUUUACUUAAAAAAAUAUAUUUUCUGCAUUUGCCACUCAACAACACAUCUCUUGUGUUUGAUCCCUGUGUCUAUGGAUGCACUUGAAUCACUUAUGCUGAAACUUUUAGUUUUCUGAGAAUUUGAGCAUUUUAAAAUGUACAUAUUAUUCCAGUUUGUCUGUGAUUAAAACCAAUAGACACAAAGAUUUACCAUUAAAGGUAGAAUCAAUAUAUAUUUUUUAUUUUAGCCAUCAACUAAUAACAUUGGUCAGUUCAGUUGGCUUUAUUUGUCCAUAUUUGGCAGAUAGUAUCACCAUUUAUAAUGUUAUAUUACAUUAUACCGAAGUGCCACUGAGAGUUUUUUUCCAAGAGCGUGUUUGUAAAGCUCAAACUUUUUUGCACCUACAUUUGUACUUAAAUUCAUACAGAAGUCUAUAACCACCAUUUUUUUAUUUUGAUCCUUAUUGGCAUCAAAACACCAUAUUAAUGUAUCCGAUGAUCAGAUUAUUUCAAAAAAGAUAUUAUAGAUUGUAUGUUUUUUAUUAACCUGCCAUAAAGAAACAAAAAGCCCCUGCCCGAGAGUACUGCUUUUAAAUUGUAAUGUUUGUUUCCUUUUUAAUGUUCUUGUUUUCCUGUAAUGUGGGUUUUGUUAAGUGUUUAAAGGAUUCAGUUCCCCCUGACUUCAACCUGCUCUGCAAGAUAUUCUGUAUUUGUACAGUAUAAUGCUGGGACUGUUUAUCUGAGCCCUGUAUGAAAAUGCUGAUGUAUUUGCAUUCCCUGUCCUCAGAGUGGCAGCAUAACAUCUGUCUCCCCAGUGUUUACACGAGUUCAUCGGUACCCUCCACACAGUCUGAAUCCAAAGUUUACUAUGCAGCGUUUCAGUGGAAUGGACAAAAGAAUUGUGAUUUAUAACCAAUGAUGGAAAUUUUCAGGAGAUUGUUACAUCUUUCUGUCACAUCACAGGUACUUAUAGAUGACAGUAGCAUUGCCACCAUAUUUUUGCUUAAAUAUGUUAAAUAAUUCAUACUAUUAACAAACUAAUGUGUUAAAGUUGUGUUCUGCACAUCAACAUUUGCUCUUAAAGAAAUCAUUGUUAAGUUUGGUUAAUCAAUAUGUUAAAACUGUGUUGUUUCAAUGGGAAUCUACAAGAAGGAACAAGCAAGUUUUUCUGACUUAGCCCCUUCUCUUAUGUGCUGGUAUAUUGUUUACAGCUUGUUAUAACUUUUCUUUUCUUUUAUGUUUAUUUUACUUUAAGCUGUUUAAUUGCUGUUAUAGUAGUUAUAAAAAUUAUCACAUUUUCUCUGUUACAAUAUUGUCCACCAAAGCAUUUUGCAGAUUUUUCUUUUUUUUUGAGCACCUGAACAUCUGAACAAAUGGCAGAAUUAUAUUUGUUUUGAUGACACAAAUGUAUAUGGAGAGAGAUAAAAUGACCAUUUCAUAGAGGUUGAAAUCAAAUGUAUUUUUCCUUUCGAGAGCAGGUCUCUCUAAAGAUCAACAUUUUCAAUCUUGACCCUCUCAAAUAAAAAGUUGUUUGCUAAUGUCCACAUUCAGAUUGUCAGACAGCUCACACUGUAGAAGGUUUUUAAUUUUUUUCUCUUAUUUCAAUACACAACUCAUCUUUCCAGGAAAGUGAGCAUGCAUUUUUUGUUAGUUUCCUUUUCACAUUGAAUAAGCUACAUUUAAACAUAUCACCUUUUUCCCUUUUUUGUUGCUUUUCCCAGCGGUGUAUUGCACAAGUGUAGUGACAAGACAACUUCAGAGCAUUAUAGGGCACUUCACUCUUUUUAUGUAAAUCUGUUUGGUAUCUUGUUUAUCAUUGGACAACAGAAAUUGCAAAACAUAUGUAUUACAGAAUCAAGUGUAAGCCACUGUGUGUUUUUGUAAUGGGCCGCCAGUUAAAAGAGAAAUUCAAUAAACCAUGGCUGACUGA